GUAAAGGUCGGCCCCACAAGAUGGCGGCCCCCUUGGAGCUGAGUUGUUGGGGCGGCGGCUGGGGGCUCCCAUCCGUGCAUAGCGAAUCCCUGGUAGUGAUGGCUUACGCCAAGUUUUCUGGGGCACCCUUGAAAGUCAUCGUCAUAGAUGGCACCUGGAGAGGUUCUAGAGGCGAUGUGCCAAUUUUGACAACUGAAGACAACAUUGUUUCUCAGCCAGCAAAAAUACUAAACUUUUUGAGAAAACAGAAAUAUAAUGCUGAUUAUGAACUCUCAGCAAAACAAGGGGCAGAUACAUUGGCUUACAUCGCCCUCCUGGAAGAGAAGCUUCUCCCUGCAGUGCUUCACACAUUCUGGGUUGAGACUGACAAUUACUUUACUGUGACAAAGCCAUGGUUUGCUUCACGAAUUCCUUUUCCCUUGAGUUUGAUUCUACCUGGAAGAAUGUCUAAGGGAGCAUUGAACAGGAUUCUCCUGACCAGAGGACAGCCCCCACUCUACCACCUCCGAGAAGUGGAAGCACAGAUAUACAAAGAUGCCAAGGAGUGCCUAAAUCUUCUGUCAAACAGAUUGGGAACAUCUCAGUUUUUCUUUGGAGAUACGCCUUCUACCUUGGAUGCCUAUGUUUUUGGUUUUCUUGCACCUCUUUAUAAAGUACAGUUUCCUAAAAUUCAGCUACAAAAACAUCUGAAACAGCUUUCUAACCUGUGUCGCUUUUGUGAUGACAUCCUAAACAGUUAUUUUAGGCUUAGUCUUGGAGAUGGAUGACAAUCUUCGCCAAAGCCCUCAGCUUCCUCCUCGGAAACUGCCAACGCUUAAAUUGACUCCAGCGGAAGAAGAAAGUAAUUCCUUCCAGCGGCUGUCACCCUAGCAGUCAUCAUGCUCGUGACCCAAGUCAGAUGAUUUUUGCAGUAAUCUCUCACACAGGAUGUGUGAAUGCAAAGAGAAAAUACUGUAAUUGGUAUAAGGACGACUCUAAAACAAAAGGAACUUUCUAUGACAUCUAUUUUUUUUAUUAUUAGGAAGCUUAUAUUCUAGUUUGGCAAUGUAUUUUAAAUAAUAUCAAAGUGAAUGCUAUUGAACUAAGUGGGUGGGGGGAAGAAAACACAUUGUACUGUAUACAAAACAGCACUGCCUUAAUCUUGGCAGAUUUUUGCCUUUGGUUCACAUGCUGCUGACCAAAAGCUAUAAUUCUGUUCUGAAUGUGCACUCUUAAUUUAUUUACUUAGUUAAUUUAUUCAGUUUACUAACUUAGUUUGUGUAGACUAGUCUCAACACCUAACAUGUGGCUCUUUGGCUGAAGCUGUUUUCUUCUGUUUGAAAAUCUGAUGCCUAUUUUAGGAACUAGGAAAAAAAAUUACUUUCAUAGAAAAGCCUGCUUUUAAAAAGUGAUGAGGAAUGUGCUUUUUAAUUAUGCUCUCAUAAGUCUAACCUUUUGGGGGUUUAGUAGCACAUAUAUAAAUAUGAAAGACAGUUAUAUACAAUAUUCAUCUGAUGAUAUGCACUUCAGUAUAACAUUAGUAUUUGCAGUGUGUUCAGUAUAGAAUAGCAAGGGCUGUUUUAAUUUACUGGGUGAAUGUGGCAGCUUUAGACCUAUGUCUUUGUACUUCUUUAAUUCUUGUUGUCUUUCUUGUAUUGAUUCCAGGAGAACUGAUUGUAUUGGUCAUCGUUAUUAAGCUAGGCUGUAAAAUCUUAUUGAAAUUUGCCAGUUGUUAGGCACUACUCAGGAGAAGUCCAUGGCCAAGGUAAUAGAAAUACCUACUGUGCAUCUGGUCCAAGUUCUCUGUACUCAGCUAAGGCCAGUAUUCUUUUACAAGAAGCUUAUCAUGUAAUCAAAAGCAUUCUGGCAACCAAUUAUUUUCCAUAUAUUUUAACUACAGUUGAAGGAGCCAAAGGAAUAAACAGAGAUAGCAGAUUUUUAAGAAUAUUUUCUGUUUAUUGGUUGCUGAACUGU